CCAGGCAGGGGGGCGGGGAGAAGUGGGUGUUUUGGUGUAGUGUUUGGGUUACGGUGCAUCUUCAUGACUGUUUUUAAACACACGAGCAGCGGCUUCACUGUGCUUAAGUUACGGACUGCGGUGGAGCGAUCAGCCCAGACUAGAGCAAAUACCCAUCAGUUGAGACGUUCAGCGGGGGAAAGCUAGCUCCAGCCCAGCUAGACUCCGUAACGGCAGCUAAGGAACCAGAGAGGGGGAGAGCCGCGUCCGUGAGCCAUGGGUUUCCGCAAGAAGAACAAGAGCCCGCCGGUGCUGAGCCACGAGUUUGUGAUCCAGAAUCACGCAGACAUGGUUUCGUGUUUGGCCAUGAUAAUCCUCCUCGGCCUGAUGUUCGAGGUCACAGCAAAGUUUGCCAUCAUGUUCAUCACAGUCCAGUACAACGUAACACAAGUUCUUGAUGAAAAGAUUGAGUCAGUGAACCUGUACCAGUAUGGCCCUAAAGAUAUGGCCACUGUGUUUUUCUACCUGCUUAUUGCAGUCAUCCUUCAUGCCUUGAUACAAGAAUAUAUUCUUGACAAAAUGAACAGGAGGUUGCACCUGUCAAAAACCAAACACAGCAAGUUCAAUGAGUCCGGACAGCUCGCGGCUUUCUACCUGUUCUCCUUCAUAUGGGGCUGCAGCAUCCUGACAGCGGAGGACUUUGCAACAAAUCCUACUUUCUUAUGGGAGGGUUACCCACACACUCACAUGGUUUUUCAGGUCAAGUUCUUCUACAUUUGCCAAAUUGCCUAUUGGCUCCAUGCACUUCCUGAGCUGUACUUUCAAAAAGUACGGAAGGAGGACAUCCCCCGCCAGCUCUAUUACAUUUGCCUUUACGUUGUCCACAUCACUGGUGCCUAUGUCUUAAACCUCCACCGACUAGGCCUGGUGUUGCUGGUCCCACACUACCUGGUGGAGCUCCUGUUCCAUGCUUCACGCCUCUUCUACUUCAGUGAUGAGAACAAGCAGAAGGGUUUUACUCUGUGGGCGCUGCUUUUUGUCAUCGCACGCCUCCUCACCCUCACACUCUCAGUUCUGACGUUUGGCUUUGGGCUGCCCCGUACAGAAAACCAGGGCUUUUCCCUAGCAGAAGGCAACUUCAAUGUUCUCACCAUAAGGAUGACUUGUCUGGCAGCUAUCUGCCUGACGCAGGCUUGGAUGAUGUGGAAAUUCAUUAACUUCCAGUUGAAAAAGUGGAGGGAACACAGCCAGAACCAGGCUUCAAAGAAGAAGACAGUCAGCCCAAAGAGCAAGCCUCACAAAAGAGAGCCUACAAGGGGAGGUGCUGCCAAUGGGGUUGUGAAGUCUGACGAUAAAACAUCACCACGGGCAAGAAAAGCCAAAGCUUCAUAGAGAUGAUGGAAGAAUUGGGGACGGGGGGAAACUGAGUGAGAGAGUUCUGACAAUGUGUCAUUAUGUCUUUACACAACUUAAAAUUUUGUCUAUUGCUCUCCACAACAAAUGUUAAAGCGCACUAAGAAACCUUACAUAACUGUCCCUUUGGGGUUGAAAAUCCAUUUUAAAAAACAGUUCAGUGUUACUGUCUGCGAGAAAUGUUUAUAAUUAAUUUGGGCUGUCUGCAGAUGGAACGUUGGCAGGACAUUGCUGGUUUUGAUGCUUUAACGGGAUAGAUUUAGCUCUUCAAAGUGUCCUUUUGUGUAAAACUACGAUCACUCGCCAGGGACUUGUAAACGGAGUUGCUCUGAGUAAUUUGACAUGGAAUCAGUUAACAUCACAGUUGCUUUUAAAAAGCAAAUUUUGACUUCAGGGCAACUGAAUAUAUAGUGUUAGUGUACAGAUUAACUGUACAGGGUGUUAUUCUAAGUUUGGGCCUUAUUCAUUUAAACUCAUAAUGCUGGCCACUGGCUCAAGUCCCAAAAUAAAGCCUUUCUUAGCACUUUGAUAUUCUACUGUCCAGAGGAAUAUUUGUGCUAUUUAGGUAUUUGGCAUAGCUGCAGCCAGAAAACUGAAGCUUGUGCUUAACUCCUUUAUCAUUUACUGCCAUUAUUUGACAGCCUCUGCCUUUGAAAUCCAACAUGUUACAGGAUUGAGGCACACUUUGUAUUUUUGUUUGUUUUUUAUCUCUAGCCUGGUAAUCAGCUUCACCCUGUUGCAGGGCACUCAUCCAGGUUAGGUGACUUACCAAGAGGAAGCUGUACUGUAACCUGUGAUGCUUUACUGUAUGCCUACAGUUAAAUCUUUAUAAUGGCAUGAUUGGAAACUUGAGCAAGAAAACUGUGUUUGAGGCUGCGAUUCAGUCUUUUAUAUGGCAAUGUCAAUGCAUGAUGGUUCAAGGCUAAAGGCUUUAUGGCUAGUUUCUACCUGUGCUGUUGAGUUUGCAUAUCUCUCUCUCUCUCUCACUCACACACACACACACAAGCAUUCAGUGGCCUUUUUACAACUGCUGCAAGAGGUUUGAGUUAUUUAUUUUUGCCAUAUACUACAGAUAGUUAUGAUUUUAUAUGCUUUGACAAGCUAUAACCAGCAAACACAGCGGUACAUAGCAACUGCGUUUAGUUAAUCCAAACAAUACAAUCUUUCUUCAAGUGUCCUUAUAAUGUCAGUGGUUUGUAUCACUCGUUCUUGUUGUGUUGCGUUCUGUUUGCCUUCUCUGUUUGCUUUUUUUAAAUCUUUGGUAUCAGGGGACAAGCUGUUCACCACUUAACACCAACUUACAUCCCAUGGUGCAAUGGGAGGUGUGUUUGUAAGUGGAUGUGUUUGUAUGUCUGCAUUUACUUGUGUGUGCUUUUGUGUGUAUGUACAGUAUUGUUUUGCCUACUGUGUAUGUGAAUUAACUGGGCGUGAAUGUUGAGGAUGAUGAUGGUGAUGACAACGAUGUUUAUUGCUUGUCUCGUGCAAAAAAAAAAUAUUGCCUGCGUGCAGAGCAUGAAAUGUGACAAUCUGUUCAUUGACUCCUGCCCUGUUUGUUACAUUUCACAAUCAUAUUCUGUUUGUUAGUUUUGCUUUGGUUGGACCCGUAUCAAUUCCCAACAUGCUUAUGUGUUGUGGAUAGGUGUGUGUUCCAUGAGUUAUUGGUUACUAAAUGCUUAUGUGUUCAAUGUCUCUGCCCCUCAGAUGCCCUUUCGUGUGUGAGAGAGAAUCUGUGAUUUCUGUUUGCCAAAUGUGGCAUGUUCUGUCCUUCCUGCUUCACCUUUUCAAUGAUCCUGACAUUGCUACGUAGCGCACGUAUUGUACUGUUGGCCAUGCUCUUUCCUCUCAAGGACCAAGUCCUGCUCUACUACUAAACCACUGUGCAUGUGAAGCUCUGUACAGAAAAGACUACUACCUGUCUGCAGACAGUUGGAGUUUGGAGUCUUUAGUCUAGAGCAGGGAGGAGAUGAAGAUGCCAUUCAUUUAGCGCUCCUUAUUGGGACUUUGGUGGUCUUUAAAGCCCUAUGUCUGUGCAUGGCAGUGUCAUAGGAGGGAAGGAGGAGCAGAGGACGUAUGUACCAGCCUGUUAUUAAAGUAUCUCAGAUGUAAAAGAGAAAACAGACUUAACCCUACACUGUACUAAAAUAUGUGUCAGAUUUUUAAGCUAUUUUUAUAGAGGGGAAACUGUUGAAAUUCACUGUUGUUCAGUACACACGUGUGAAUAUU